AUGGCGAUGAUGAUGACUGGCCGUGUGCUGCUGGUGUGUGCCCUCUGCGUGCUGUGGUCCGUUGUGGCCGAUGGAGAUGUUGGUGUGGUUUCUGGUGGGGACGACAACAGUCUGAAAGAAUUAUUUAUUCCAGUUGCGAGAUUGCAGGAAAGACCAGAACAAAGAGCAGCAGGAGCAACAGCUGACGCAAAGGCGGCGGCAGCAGCAAAAGCAUCAGCAGAAGCGGCAAAAACAGCAACAGCAAACGCGGCAACAGCUGCAGCAAAAGCAAAAACAGAAGCAGCAGCAGCAUCAAAAGCAGCAGCAUCAGCAGAAAAGGCAGCAACAGCAGCAGCAAAAGCAGCAGCAUCAGCAGAAAAGGCAGCAACAGCAACAUCAAAAGCAAAAGCAUCAGCAGAAACAGCCAAAGCAAAAGCAGCAGCAGCAGAAAAAGCAGCAGCAGGAAAAGAAGCAGAAGAAGCAGCAGAAAAAGCAACAGAAGAAGAAAAAGCAAAAGCAUCAACAGCAGAAAAGGCAAAAGCAGCAGCAACGGAAGCAGACGCAAAAACAACAGCAGCAAAGACAGCAGAGGCAGCAGCAGAAGCACUGCGAGGUACAACAGUCCGAGAACAGGAGGUAAAAACAGCAAUACAUGAUCAGGAUAAUUCAGUCGAACACCAUUCUGGAGAAAAACAAGAGCUUCUAAAAGAAGAAGAACAGGAACGACAAGAAAAAGAACAGCAUGAAAAGCAGCAACACCAACAGCGUGAACAUUCCGCAGGAAAUGGCGAAGAAUCCCCGAAAGAAAAAACUGCCAAUGGUACAAAUGCAAGUGCAAUUACGGACGACAGUGACGGCAGCACCGCGGCCUCCCACACCACCUCCCCUCUUUUGCUUCUUCUUCUUGUUGUUGCGUGUGCGGCUGCGGUGGUGGCCGCGUGA